AUGUCGGCGGAUCCAUGGUUGAUGCUGAUGCUGGUUUUCAUCAGUAUCUGUACACUUGUUGUCAAUGGUGACACAGAUCCAAAUGAUGCCUCUUCUUUAAUGGGUUUAUAUCAAAGUAUGAACUCACCGCCGCAGCUAAAUUGGCCGGUUAAUGGCAACAACAACAACGAUCCUUGUGGACAGUCAUGGACAGGCAUCACUUGCUCAGGCAACCGAAUCACAGAAAUUAAGUUACCUGGUCAUGGACUAACCGGAACUUUGGCUUACCAGAUACAAAGCUUUUCAGCUCUUACAAACCUAGACAUGAGUAACAACAAUCUCGGUGGCACAUUACCGUACCAGUUUCCUCAAAAUUUGCAGCACUUAAAUCUUGCUAAUAAUAAUUUCAACGGCGGGAUACCUUAUUCUUUUUCCGAUUUUGCUUCUCUUAUAACCCUGAAUCUCGGUCACAAUCAAUUCCAACAAGAACUAAGUGUGAACUUUCUAAAGCUUACUUCCCUUUCUACAUUGGAUGUUUCUUUCAAUUCUUUGACUGGAAACCUUCCUCAGACGAUGAACUCCCUUUCAAGCAUAAACACCAUGUAUCUACAAAAUAAUCAAUUUUCGGGAACCAUUGAUGUCCUUGCUGAUCUGCCUCUUGAUAAUUUGAAUGUGGAAAACAAUCAUUUUACAGGAUGGAUACCAGAGCAGUUAAAAAACAUAAACCUACAAAAGAGUGGUAAUUCAUGGAGCUCUGGACCUGCACCCCCACCUCCUCCUGGUACACCUCCAUUACCAAAAGACAAAGGUAGUCAUCACAAUUCUGGUGGACAUAACAGCCCGUCAAAUUCUGGUUCAAGUGAAGGAAGCAAAAAAUCAGGUAUAGGAGCUGGUGCCAUUGCCGGAAUAGUGAUCUCUAUCAUAGUCGUUGGGGCAAUACUAGCAUUCUUUCUGUUGAAGAAAAGAUCGAAGAAGAAGAAGUCGUACCCCGAUGUGGAAAAGCUAGACAAUCAGCCCUUGGCUCCUUCAAAUGAAGUUCAUGGAAUGAACUCAAUGCAAACUUCUUCUGUAAUUGACUUGAAGACAUUUGAUACUUCUGCGGCUUCAAUAAGCCUUAAACCACCUCCUAAAUCGUUUGAUGAAGACGAGUUUCCAAAGAAGCUCACUGUAGUCAAGAAGACCGUAGCACCUCCUGCAAAUUUGAAAUCAUAUUCAAUAGCUGACCUCCAGAUUGCUACUGGAAGCUUCAGCGUGGAUCAUCUUCUUGGCGAGGGGUCUUUUGGGCGUGUAUACCGUGCUCAAUUUGAUGAUGGAAAGAUUCUUGCCGUGAAGAAGAUAGAUUCAUCAGUCCUUCCCAAUGAUAUGUCUGAUGAUUUCAUGGAAAUAGUUUCAAAACUCUCCCGUUUGCAUCAUCCUAAUGUGACAGAGCUUGAAGGUUAUUGUUCUGAGCAUGGACAACAUCUCUUAGUCUAUGAGUUUCACAAAAAUGGAUCCCUGCACGACUUCCUUCACCUCCCUGACGAUUAUGUUAAACCAUUGAUAUGGAAUUCACGUGUCAAAAUUGCUUUGGGAAUUGCACGCGCUUUAGAGUACCUACACGAAGUUUGUUCACCGUCAGUUGUUCAUAAGAAUAUAAAGGCAGCCAACAUAUUGCUUGAUGCUGAUCUUAAUCCGCAUCUAUCAGACAGUGGAUUGGCCAGCUAUAUUCCAAAUGCAAACCAGGUAUUGAACAAUAAUGCUGGAUCCGGAAACGAUGCUCCAGAAGUCGGAUUGUCUGGUCAGUAUACUCUUAAGAGUGAUGUCUACAGCUUUGGAGUCAUCAUGUUGGAGCUUUUAAGCGGACGCAAACCAUUUGAUAGCUCAAGGUCGAGGUUUGAACAGUCGUUAGUUCGAUGGGCGACACCUCAACUCCAUGAUAUUGAUGCAUUGGCUAAAAUGGUUGAUCCUGCACUAGAAGGACUCUACCCUGUCAAGUCUCUUUCUCGAUUCGCCGAUGUCAUUGCACUUUGUGUUCAGCCGGAACCUGAAUUCCGACCACCUAUGUCAGAAGUGGUUCAAGCAUUGGUUCGGUUAGUGCAGCGAACGAACAUGAGCAAACGGACAUUUGGAACUGAUCAAGGAGGGCCCAACCGUGAUGAUCAAGAAAUCCUAGACAUGUAA